AUGGCGAGUGAGUCACCGUCAAAUGAGUGGGAAACCCCAACAGCGGCCGGUGCUGUUCCACCAACUGGUGUCUAUGGCGCCAGUCGCAUUCCUGGCACGUAUCUCAAGACAAUGACGGGUGUACAAAGAGGAGAGGAACUCUUUCAUCGUCCAGAGUUGGAACGUCCUUGGCGAACAACAAGUGCACAAAAGCAUGCAAUGGCAUUAGCCUUAAAAGAAAAAGAGAUUGAGGAACUUAUACGGAAAUGUUCAUCCUUACGAACACAGCUCGGAAAUGCGAAACAUGAUUCCAAGUACUUGGAGUACGCUGUGAAUGAAAAGGCCAAGAGUCAAAUAGCAGAGAUGCAAAAAGAGAUGGAUCAACUAAAGGAAUCAUUAGCGACUGAAAAGAAAGAAAAAGAGGAAUUGAAAAUAUCUACAGAGCAUCAAAUUCGCUUACUAAGGACACAACAAGAAAAGGAUUUAACACAUCUACGUAAUGAGACACGUUUGUUAAAUACUAGAUGCGAAGAACUUACUAGAAUCUAUCAGCAACAAGUAGAUGAUGUUAAAAAAGCGGCAGCACGAGAACUGGAACAUGUAGAGAAAUUAUGUAAUGGUAGAGCAGAAGAAAUGGUAAAUGAGUUAAGAGCUGCACGUGAAAAUCAUAAAGCAGCGGAGGAACGUAGUGCAGCAGAAGUGGCAGCCUCUAAAAAUCUUCUUCAUCGCAUUGAAACUGAUUAUAAGGAACGUAUUCGCGCAGCUGAAGAACGUGUAGACGAAGUACGUACAAGAUUAGAAGCAGAGAACAAAAAACUUGGAGAAGAACUUACUGCCGCCCGAAAAGAUUCUCGUCAUGCCACAGAGCAGCUAUCUGUGGCUCUUGCGAACCAGGAAGAUAUACUGGUACAUUUUAAACAAUGGGAUGCGUAUAUUCUUCGCAUGUUGGAUGCUUUCUACACUAAAUUUAUGGAAACUGCACCGGAACAGGCUGUAGAGCCACAUGACCCAGAGUUGAUUGAGGCACCUUCAUUGUACGGCCCAAGAACUCUUCUGGAAGAUCCUAUGGCAAAGGUGACAUUGGAACGAAUUGUACAUCGUCUCAUUCAAUUAAAACACACAAAACUUGAUGAAAUUCAACGUCCAUCUAAUGAAGAACCAAAUUUGGGAGCUGUAUUUGAUGAUUUGAGUAUGAAACAAGAACGUCUUUCAAGGGCAUUUAGGGAAAUUGAAGAGAAGUGUUUAGAGACGAAGCAGUUUCUUAAUAGAACUCUAUCACGUCUUUAUUUUUUCAGUGAUGACCUUGAAGAUGCGGUGGGAAAUAUGGGAUCUGUUGAACCCCCACAAAAGAAUGUCAUAUUUGUAUGUUUAGGUGUUUUUAAAGGAAAUCAUUUGUGGGCUGAAGAUGAGGAAACAGCACGAGCUUCUGUAGCUCUUAUGAAUACGGCGAUACGACCCAAAAUGGUGGAAUAUGGAGGUUAUGAAUGUUUCAGUGAUGGUACAUCCAUGCUUUUAGCCUUUGAUGACCCUAUUGCUGCUUGUCGUUUUGGUGUAGAGUCACAAUCAUGGUUAAUGAAUUUACCUUGGCCAAAAUCCCUUUUACGAGUUCCUUGGGGUAUGGAAGAGUAUAGUAUAGAUAAUACCUUGUUAUUUCGUGGGUUACGUCUAUCCAUGGCUAUUCAUACAGGUGAUACGUUUGUGGAGCCAAGUGGUAUACCAUCUGGGGAUUCAUAUCGUUGUCAUUAUUAUGGUCGGGCGGUUUCUCAAGUUAUUCACGCCUGUUCCUUGGCACAAGGAGGACAAGUUAUUGUGACAGAGUCUGUAUGGGAUCUUUGUGCUCCUCGACAACAUGAACUGGGUGCUUGUGUUAUGCGUGAAUUGGGAAAGUAUCCUAUUGUUUCCUUCAAUAAGGAAAAGAAUUCGUAUGAGGAUGAACCCUUGUUUUUACAUCAAAUUUUACCGCAACGGUUAAAAGACCGUAUGUUUAAAGAAAUCGUUGUAGAUGAGGCGACCCAUGUAUUAUCUAUUGCAAAAAUGCGACGAUCUAUUUUAUCGGUUGAGAUUGAGGGUGUAGAGAGACGUCGUUCAUCUCUCAAAGAAAUCAUCAAUUUAGCAGAUGAGGAACUCAUGUCGGUGGAUCGUUGUAUUCACGCCCUUAUGCAAAAAUCUCGGGAGGUAAAAUCAUACUUUCACUUACUUCCACCUACCGAAAUGGUAACACAGAUGGAUGAUUUAUAUGCUCUCAUGGAAAAGAUUGCAGCUCGAGCCUCCGAUUUACGGGGUGAUCUUCGUAGUAUGGAUCACAUGCAUGAGGAAUUGGCCGUACAGACAAGAGGCUUGAGAGAGUACUGCUCACAUCAUGCGUCUGCAGCAUCUCGUGAGGAGGAACUGCAGCUUCGAGCAGAAUUAAUGCAAUCACACUUUGAAGUACGAAUGCGUGAGAUUGGUCAACAACACAUAGAACAAAUAGAGCGGCUUCAACGAGAACUGCGUGAGCGUGAUCAAUUGAUCCAAAAACUCUUUAGGGAGUUGCAGCAUUCUCAAAAACAGUCCUAA